AUGUCGACAGCAUCUACCCAAUCCCGAGGAGUCAAUCGACGGAUUAACAGCCUCCAAAAUGAGGGCCGCCAUUCGCGCAACUCCUCUUUGUCGCGGCGCCGCCCUCUGAAUGCCAACGUGGCAUACAGCCACGCUGUUCGAGUGGCCUAUCUCGCCUACCUCCUCCACCCUCGCUCCCGUCGCAUCCAAAAUGCCCCCGCUGCGCCGGCGCGGCCAAAGCGAUCGUCGACUUCUAUUCAUGAUUUAAUGAGUGACUUUUCGCUAGUGAGAGAUUCCAAGAGCACAAGGAUUCCCCAUGGAUUCGUGUCCGAGCUGGAGAAGCGCUUAACCGGCGUGUUGAUGGGAAAGGAGAAACGAAAGGAGUACCAGGAUCACCUGGUAGUACGGACAUUCGCUGCCUUUCUCAACACUCUGAAAGAAGAUUCAUUCCGAAAGCGCAUGGAAAAGGAUCGACGCGCUGAAGAUUUGGUCCUUAUCUUCUACUCGAAUGCGAUCAAGGAGCUGGGCAAAGGCAAGGAGCACGACGAUGAUAGUUGGAAACUAAUGGUGGAUCGUCACGUCGCUCUUUUCGUCCGACUCUUCGGUCUCAUAUUGAAAGAUCACGACUGGUCGAAGGACCGUCCAGAGCUGGCCAAUCGCCUAUCGGUGCUCGAGAACAAGCUUCUUCUACAAGAUCAGGAUCUUAUGGAAGGAAAUGGACCUACGUCUGCGACAGAGGCCCCCGGUUCAUUGAGUUAUAAUGUGAAAGACAUGCCCCUGGUGCAGCAUGUCACCAAGAUCUUUGGGAUGACAACUGCCCAAGCGCAGUCUGAGAUCGAUAACCACAAGUCCCUUUGGACGGAAAAGGCUGCUCUCCAGGACCUUAAGACCUAUCAAGCACACCUGAAUCUUCAGACUCACAAAACAUUGUCCAGAGAUGAUUUUGAGUCAGAUGACGGUUACGAAUCUUGGAAGAAAAGCGAAGGCCCGGAUCUUUCCCAGAUGAUGCUUGCAAUCGUGCAGUCCAACCCAGAGUUGGCCAAGAGUACUCCUGGGUCUCUUCCUCAAUUUAACCCUAAUUCUAGUGAUAAUCCUGAUUUGUCCAGAAUUUCCUCUGGUCGAAGUGACAGAACAUCCUAUGUCAUUGAUCAACCCCUUGACCUUAGUGGUAUUUCUUUGGAUGAAACGGAUGAAUCUGAUACUUAUGCCUUCAUUCCAUCCGACCCCAGGGCUGUGUACAGAUAUGUUCUAGCCCAGACUUUGAGUCACGAUCUACGAGAUCGGGACCUCGAAGCUUCCCAAGCGACAUCUGAUGUGCCUUCAAUGAAAUUGUUUUCGAAGCAGUCCAUGGAGAUGCUUAAUGAAUUAUGUCUCCGCUGGCGGAUCCCCAACUUUUCCCGGGUCGUCUUGUUCCUUGAUGUGGCUCAGGCUAAAUUCGUUGACAAUGAAAUCGACCUCGAUACCCUUGACUCGGCAUUUACAUUUGCAAAGGAAACACCCGCAGGACAAUCAAACAAACGCAGUAGUUUCGUGGCUUCCACGGUCUUCGACCGGGCACGAUGGACUGUUCACGACCUUCAAACUAUACAAGCACUUCUGUCCAAGCUCCAUGAGGCUUUGUUAAGAGAGCUGUACGAUGUCAUGAUGGACUGUUUCGAGGCAAAACCACGCCCAAUCGGUCCUGUGAUGUACCUUCUCGAAACACACAUCCGAAUGGAUCCGAACUACGUCGAGAAUCCGGAGGAUAUCAAUCGAUUCUCUUCGUAUGUGCAAGAAGGACUGGCCGAAAAAGCCACAGCGAAAUAUCAAAGUCUUCUUAGCCAGCUCAUCCCAGUGGAAUCAGAGGCUUGGGACCCUCAGCAUGUCACCGAACUUGGAGAUGCAAUUACAAAGCUUGCAACAAAGAUCCAGAAACGCUACCGCAACAAUCCAGAGAUCAUGGGAGUUAAUCCUCAUACCACUCUAUGCUCCAACGUGUUACCGAUGUUUGCUGAAGAUGCACAUGAAAUGGUCAUUCGGAUUCUCGAACAAGCCAAAGAGAGAGGCGAGGAGAUUGCAAUCGAAGAUGGCUUCGAUCUAUAUAAGGGGCUCGCUGCUGUCAGGCAGUUGUUCACACAAACCCAUCCUGACGCAACCUUCCCCUUCCAUGUGGAGACUCUUCUUCAGGAAUUCGUCUGGAGGUGGCUUCGCUUGACAGACCAAAAGGUCAUGGAUUGGGUUAGUCAAGCUACGAGACAAGACGCAUUCACUGUUCGCGCUGAACGGACGGCCGGUAUCGCCCCUGAAGAUGAUCGACACAGUGUGUCAGUGAUUGAUAUCUUCCGAUCUUUCAACCAAGUAGUUGAGAGCCUUGUGCAGCUGGAAUGGGAUGACGAUCUCCAGUAUGCGAAAUUCAUGACCCAUCUCUCCAACUCGAUUGGCAAGGGUGUUGCGACAUAUUGUGACUCCUUGGAGAAGAUGUUUGCGCGAGAGCUGGAUCGUCUCACACCUGAGCAAGAGGCUGCAUUGAACCAAACUACACAGGAGAAGCUGAUGCAAUUUGCCAAGGAUACAUGGACAAACAAGGACAAGAUCGAACCAUUCCAAUUCUACUCAGAAUCCCUGGUGAAACUGAACAACAUUGAGUAUGCACUCGCACAGCUUGACAAGCUUGAGAACGACAUCAAUGUCGAUGGAUGCGCCGAAGUCAUUGCGAGAAACACCCCUCCGCAGCUCAAAAAGGUCCGCAAGUCUACUACUUAUGUCUUCACAAUCAAGGUUGUGGAAGCAGAAGAUUUGAAAGCCUGCGAUAUCGGUGGUGGCAGUGAUCCCUAUGUCGUCUUGACGGACGAAUAUCAGAAACGGAUUGCCAAGACCCGCACCAUCUACAAUAAUCUUAAUCCCCGUUGGGAAGACACUGUUGAUCUGACAACUCAGGGUCCUCUCAACAUGAUUGCCACUAUUUGGGACUGGGAUGCAGUGGGCGACCACGACUAUGUCGGCCGCACUUCCAUCAAGCUGGAUCCAGUGCACUUUAGUGACUUUUUGCCGCGGGAAUAUUGGCUUGACCUUGAUACUCAGGGUCGGCUUUUGCUCCGAGUCAGUAUGGAAGGCGAGCGCGAUGACAUUCAAUUCUACUUUGGCAAGGCGUUCCGUACCCUGAAACGUACGGAAAGGGAUAUGACUCGAAAGAUCACAGAGAAGCUUUCUGCAUACAUCAGUCACUGUCUUUCUCGUCGGACACUGAAGUCUCUGCUCUCCCGAGGUAUCAGCAUCUCCAGUGUCUCGAGUUUCCUGAACCGCAAUCGAGCACAACCAGCAGCUUCCGGUCCAACGCCAGCCGACGUCGAAAACGCCUUGGAUCCCCUGUUCAACUACUUCAACGACAACUUCGCCAUCAUGAACAAGACACUUACGCCCGAAGCCAUGAAGAUGGUGAUGGCCCGCUUGUGGAAGGAAGUACUUGCAACUAUCGAGAGUCUACUAGUGCCACCUCUGUCCGACAAGCCAUCUCACCAGAAACCCCUUACUAUCCAAGAAGUCGACAUCGUAUCACGCUGGCUCGUGUUGCUAUUGAACUUCUUCCACGCCAUCGAUGAAGAAACAGGCGAGGCAGGCGGUGUCCCAAUCGACAUUUUGAAAUCGCCCAAGUAUCACGAAAUUCAAAGCCUGAAUUUCUUCUACUUCGAACCAACCGAGAACCUCAUCCGCACCUCUGAGCGCAUGGCCUCGGCAACAGUCAACCGCCAACAAGCAAACCGCAAUCGAGCCUCCGCGCCCGCACACCUAGGCGCUGGCGCCGGUCAUGGCGGCUUAGGACUUCCCGCGGCCCGUCGUGGAAAGAGCAUCAUGCUCUCCCGCAACCUAGGCACCAUGAAGAAAGCCAAAGAAGAGAAGCGCAGAGAAGCCCAAGCCGACCCAAACGACGACAUGAUCCUUCGUAUUCUCCGAAUGCGCCCUGAAGCCGCGGGCUACCUGCGUGAUCGUAGCCGUCAGAAAGAAAGACUAGCUGCAGCUGCGGCCGCCGACGCCAUUGUGAAGCAGAGUCUCAUGGCCGGAGCUGGGAGUCGCAUGAGUGGCAUCAUGCCACGCGCAAGGUGA